UAAGACACUGAUGGCUGCAGUUUUGCAUUCAAGACCACAGGUUGCUGGAUUUUCUGCCAGGUUUCUGCCGGUUCAGCGUAUUUUCUACAGUCUCAUCAUACAGUCUCUAUUAAUCAAAUCUGAAGGGACUAUUAACUGCUCAGAACCCACUACAGACGCCCUCUUAACAUCUCUGAGAGCGAGUUUCUUGGGGAAAACUGAAGUGAGGCCGGUUUUCAACCUGAGAACUCCCACUAACAUCAGUUUGAGUUUCACUCUGUACGGGAUCAUAGAUGUGGAUGAAAAAGCACAAGUACUGGAAACAUUCAUCUGGGUGUAUUUGUUUUGGAAUAUUGAAGGAUUGAGCUGGGAUCCUGAUAAAUGCGGGACAGAGAGAAUUUCACUGCCGAGAAAAAAGUUGUGGAUGCCUGAUAUUGUCAUUAAUGAAUUCAUGGAUGAAAAUAAAUCCCCGGACACAUACUACCUCUACGUUAAUCAUAACGGCCAGGUGAUGGAUGAUAUUCCAUUUCAUGUGAUCAGUUCCUGUAAUCUGGACAUCUACACUUUUCCAUUCGAUAUUCAGAACUGCACAUUCACUUUUAAUUCGUAUAUGCACUCUGUGAGUGAUAUUCAGUUGAACUUUCAAGAACCAGUGAAGAAAACGCUCAAAACUUCUCUAAAUGUGAUGAAAACUAAGGGAGAAUGGGAGCUAGUCGACAUCCUUGCUGAAAAACCAAAGAAUCUUCUUCAGGAUUCGAAUAACAAAUACGACACACUUGUUUACUAUAUCGUCCUCAAGCGUCGGGCCACUCUGUACAUUGUAAAUCUCCUGAUUCCCAGCUGCUUCCUCAUUACCGUAGAUCUGUUUAGCUUUCUUCUGCCGCCUCAGAAUUCGGAUCGUUCAUCCUUCAAGAUGACCCUCAUUCUGGGAUACACAGUGUUCCUGCUGCUUAUGAAUGACAUGCUGCCCGUCACAGGAAACAACUUACCUCUCAUAAAUGCGUUUUUCUCUCUGUGUCUGGCACUGAUGGUGGCGAGUCUACUGGAGACAAUUGUCAUCACUAAUAUUUUAUGUGGCUCCAGUCGCUAUCCACCAUUACCUGAGUGGGUCAAGGUGCUUUUCCUCAACUAUCUCGCCAGACUUGUUCGUUUAAGCAAGAAACCAAGUGAAAACUGUGAAGGCCGCAAAAAAGAGACCGAUCACUGUGAACAAGCAUGUGAAAUCCCACAGAGUGAAACAAACCUGAAGAAAUCUGCUUCUCUACAAGAACUAAGGAAGAUAAGUCUAGAGAUACUGUACAUCCGUCAGCAGGUCGAUAAACAUUUUCAGACCGAUCAGAGUGAAGAUGAGUGGAUGCAUUUUGGUCUAGUUAUAGAUCGCUUGCUUUUUGGCAUUUAUGUUCUCUUUCUCUCAGUGAGUUUCUUCACUAUAGUGGUCAUUUGGGUGUACUGGUACAAUUCAAAUGCAUCUUUGUUAAACUAUAUGGGAAUGAGAGCUGCUGAGUAUGUCUGAUUACUAAACCUGUGCAAACAUAUUGUUACUUGGCAA